GGGUUUGUUGGCUUGCGAAUGAAGGAUAUAUAAAAGCUGCCUAACGGACCAACCACUUCAUUUCAUCAACCGUUUCAUCACCACUCAUUUAUUCUAGCCUAUAGUUAUAACUAGCUUCUACUAUUCCUCUAGAGAGAGAAGAGAGGGGAGAGGGAGGGAGGGCUGUGGAGCCACCGUGAUGGCGGCAGCGACAGAAUUUGUCGGAGGUGGAGGAGGAGGAGUCCGAGGAGGAGAAAUAUGGAAAGCACAUACGGCGAUGGCACUCGUACAAGUGUUCAACGGAGGAUACCACGUGAUUACAAAAGUAGCUCUCAACGUUGGCGUAAACCAGUUCGUCUUUUGCGUUUUCCGCGACGUUCUUGCCUUUUCAAUUCUCGCUCCUCUUGCCUAUUUCUGCGAAAGAAGAGUCAGACCACCUAUGACUCGAGGGGUCGUCAUGUCAUUCUUUUUUCUUGGAUUAACUGGGAUAUUCGGGAACCAGCUAUUAUUUCUUCUCGGUCUUGGUUUCACAAAUCCAACUUAUGCCGCUGCUAUUCAACCUGCAAUACCCGUCUUUACAUUCAUAUUAGCUGUAACAAUGGGCACAGAAACGGUGAAUCUUCUCAGGACUGAAGGUCAGGCAAAGAUUGGUGGUACACUCGUAUGUGUGUUUGGUGCCAUAUUGAUGGUUCUAUUUCGAGGUCCAGCCUUGAUUGGGUACAAGGAGUCAGAUUUUGCAGCAAAUAAUGAGAUAAGUGCGAAGGGUCAACCAGAGCCUGCUGGAUGGUUGAUGUCUGGUUUUAUGGAGUUUGGAAUUGACCAAUGGCACCUUGGCGUGUUGUGCUUAAUUGGGAACUGUAUGUGCAUGGCUGCCUAUCUAGCAAUUCAGGCUCCACUUCUUGCAAGGUAUCCUGCCAGCCUAUCAGUGACAGCAUAUUCAUACUUUUUUGGUGCUGUACUUAUGGUAGUGACAGCUUUGUUUACAACCAACGAGUCAACAGACUGGAGUUUGACCAAGUCUGAGAUGUUUGCCGUACUCUAUGCCGGAAUCGUUGCGUCCGCCCUUAACUAUGGACUUUUAACAUGGUCCAACAAGAUUCUGGGACCUGCUUUGGUUGCUCUUUAUAAUCCUCUUCAACCUGCUGCAUCUGCCUUCUUAUCAACAGUUUUCCUUGGAAGCCCUAUUUAUUUGGGAAGCAUUCUAGGGGGAUCAUUUAUCAUUGCGGGGCUUUAUUUGGUCACUUGGGCAUCGUAUAGGGAAAGACAGGCCAUUAUGGCGGUUAUCCCUGGUGUUUCACGGCCGUCUGAUCAGCCACUUCACAGAGACUCUACACUCAACAAGAUUCCUUACCAGAUAGGUCACAUUUUCUCUGGUACCUCUGUUCCGAAGGUCGUGGACUGAGCAAUAUAUAGGAUUUUAAUUUUAUUUCCUCCUGUCAUAAUGUUGUAAGAAAGUCAUGCUUCAAAUUGAUUCAGUAGUGGCUUAAGCUUACAGAAGCCUACACAGAAAUUAUGUUCAAUAGGAAAAUCAUUUACCAUUAAUGUCAUUUUCCUUCUGUUCCAUCA